AUGGCCCACCAGGGAGAGGAAAACACCACUCCUGAUACCGCCAUUGCAGAGAUUCAUGGCGAACCCCUCUCGGAUCUCGAUCAACAGCUCUGGGAUAUCUUUGCGGCCACAGCUUCUGCCCAUCCCGAUAGAGAGGCAAUAGUCUCUCUGUGGCAACCUGCAGAUGGCAGCCGCGUAUCGGAAGAUGCAAACUUGACUGCGCGAUCGGAAUGUCUCAGAUGCUCGUAUGGAAACCUCCGGGACAGCGUUGAGCAUCUGGCUGACACUCUGGAGAAGCUGGGAGUUGGUGUUGGCAUGCAUGUCGCCGCUGUGCUUUGGAAUUGCGCAGAAUGGGGCUUCUUGCUUUGGGCCUGUGUCAAGAUUGGGGCCGUCUUCAUCCCUAUUGAUCCUCGUGUGACGGACGAUGUUUGUCUGAUGCUCGAGUCCAUCUCACCGCGCGUGUUAGUGGUUCAAGAUACUGAAUCUGCGGUGCUUUUGGAUGGACAAAUGUCUAGACCUCAAUAUUCUCUUCUCCGUGUCCACUGCGGGAGUGGCUCUGUUGAUGGCUGGAUCAGCCUCGGUCAGCUUCUAGCUCGGGAUUCCACCCUUCAGGGGCUAGAGGGUCUUGGUGACACAGACGACGAUCAAGGACCGCGCCGAGCCAACGGAAACACUCCCGCUCUCAUUGUCUUUACGAGUGGAACGACGGGCAAGUCCAAAGGAUGCCCUCACACAAACCGCAACCUGGUGUCUCAGACCAACAACUAUGAUGCCAAUGCCGACCCGAGCUUUGUCGACCGCUGGCUCGUCCACACGCCUGUGUGCCAUGUCUUUGCCAUCAAUAACGCGCUUCGUGCGUGGCGUCAUGGCGGUACCGUCGUAUUCGCAGCCAAGUCUUUCCACAUUGACGCCACGCUCACGGCCUUGGUUCAGGAGAAGUGCACCGUCAUGUCAGCCACGCCAACACUCGUGCGGGCCCUGUUGUCCCACAGCUCGUUUCCGAGCUCACGGGACCUCAAUCUGUCCAUUGUAUCGAUUUCCGGCACAAUGAUUGGGCCGGAACACAUGCGUCUCUGUAGAGAGGGGCUCGGGGCGCGUGACGCUAUUCAGGCAUAUGGGAUGACUGAAGGGGCACCGAUUAUUAGUUGGUCUCGACGAGACGAGAUGUUGGUAGAUGGAUACCACGCUGGAGUUGGCAAAGUUCUUCCUGGAGCAGCGGUGCGUGUCUGCCGUCCGGGAACUCGACAGGUGCUCUCUCGAAUGCAAGUUGGAGAGCUCCAUAUUGCCGGUACCUCGGUAAUACACAACUAUUUGUGCGAUGACGAGAGUGAACAAAGAGAAGAACGGUUCUACAAUGACAAUUCGGGGAGGUGGCUAAAGACAGGGGACCAAGCCAUGAUUGAUAACAAAGGGGUUGUCUAUAUUCUUGGGCGGUACAACGAUUUGAUAAUUCGAGGAGGAGAGAAUAUCAAUCCGUUGAAGAUUGAAUCUGUGUUAGCCGAAAUCCCGGGCCUUCUACAAGUUCUUGUCGUGGGAGUCCCAGAUGACAUUGCGGGCCAGGUCCCAGUCGCCAUUGUCAAGAUCACUUCAGAGGUAUCCAAAGGAAAAGUGAUGGAUAAGGCAAAGCUUUUAGGUCCUCAGUAUGCCCUUGAUGCGGUAUACACACUUGAAGAAUUGGGGAUAGAAUGUGUUCCAGUAACCUCCAUCGGAAAGCCCAAGAAGGCCAUCCUUGCCGACAUUGUCACAAAGCAACGGCUGGCUAAUCAAACCAAGACCUUGAAGAUGAAGAAGAAGGACGAAGUGUCAUUAUUGGAAACACAGCUAAGGGAAAUAUGGGAUCAACUAGUGGGAGUCCGUCCCAGUAAGACAGAUGACAUCUUUUCUUUGGCCGACAGCAUCACGCUGCUUCGAUACUGCGACGCUGUGCUCCGAGUGCUUGGAAGGCAGCUCUAUCUCCAAGAUUUGAGCAAGAACGCUACUAUUGAGAAACAGGCUAAGCUUCUGGUCAGUAGGGAUGCACCGAUUGCAACUGAAACUGAAAUUGAAAAGAGAAGCUUCGCUGAAAUCUACCAGCCAGAGGAUGGCUGCAUUUCUCUACCCAAAAGAGGCCAAGAUUACAGCCCCAACCAGAAUCCGUUGUUUGGGGAUAGGGGUAAAUAUGAUCUUCUGGCCGCUGCUCAAGAGCAAAUCAAGAGAUUUGGUCUAGAUGGAUCCGAUGUCGAAGAUGUUAUUCCCAUCAGGGGCUCCAUGUACCGGACGAUUGUCGGUCAACGGCCACAGUCAUACAGAAUCCGUCUUGCUUUCCGAAUUCGUGAUGCUACCAUCUCGCAGAUUUACAAUGGACUGUUUAGAUGGAUAGCAUCCCGACCUCUUUUACGGACAGUCCUCCUGGGCACUCAAGGAUUGCUCUACCAUACCGUUGUACGCCACAGCCAGCAUCUCUUUCAAAAGCUAGUGAGUGAAGUCGAGGUAAGAACUGAAAAGGAGGCAAAAGAGGUAUAUGAAGACAGUUCUGAGGAUACCCACUCUCUCAUGUUCAUGUUCAGCGCCAUUAUCAUCAAGAUUAAGGAAACGGGGCAAUACUUGCUACGUAUAACCUACAGCCACUCCAUAGCCGAUGCCUUGACUCUCUUGCCUUGGCAUAGAGAUUUGGAUCGACUCAUACACAAUUCCAGCAUCAUAAUCCCCGCCCAGACUCCAUAUCGACUUUUCGCAGACUUGCUUACGGAGUAUCAAGACAGUUUGCCAGCGCAGAGAGCCGUUUCCUUCCAUGUUCAGCGGCUGCGAGGCAUUUCACGUUACAAAUCUGCACUAUGGCCCAAACAACUAUCUCCAGGGAUGAUGAUUGGGAACGACAGAAGUUCAUUCUACGCUGCCGAGCGCGAAGCCGUCAGAGACCAGAUAUGGAAGGGAGAGUGGCAAGCUAAGGCAGACGAAUUCCAGUUUCCACGCCGCAGCAGAAUUGUCCGUCUCCCAAACAUGGCUAAAAUGCGCAACCUGUACAACUUGGAACCAGUGCUAUUCACGAAAUGUGCCUUGACGCUAUUCAAUGUCCUCCAGACAAAAUCAUCAGUCGCCCUCUUCACCUCGUGGGAGAGUGCUCGCUCAUGGCCGUUUGUGCCGGAAUGGAUAGCAAACUCCCUCCCUCCCGCCAUGAGCAUUGAUGGACCUACAGUGGAAUGGAUCCUAAACAUGUUUGAAAUCAAGCGCGAAGAGACGCUCAUAGAUCUUAUUCAGCGCAUGGUGCUUGAGCAAGAGCAGAUUCGCCGCCACGAGCAUGCACCGUGGGAAAAGGUCGUACAGGAACUUCGAGAAGAAGGUAGUGUAGCCAUAGACGCGUCAUUCCGGCAAUCGUUUGUGUGGGAUGUGAGCAUGGGAGUAGCGGCAUCUCGAGGAUUCCGCAGUGAUUUUGAGACUCUGGAGCCCGUGGCGCGUGGACUGUUUUGGAACGCCUUUAUGGUGAAUGGAGAUAAUCUCUUCUUCAUUGCCUCGUGGGACACCGCGCAGCUGAAUGCGGAACAAGUGGAUGGGUAUUGUGAUGGCUUGGCGGAUGUGAUGAGGAGGCUUGCUAACGAGGAGAACUGGGGCCGCAAGAUAGGAGACGUAUUUUUCGAGCUCUAG